GAGGAGGGUUCCCUGGCAGUGAGGUGCUUCCAGGCCGCAGCCCAUGGUCUUUGGACGCCCCCAUGUGUCCUUGUCGGGAAGGGCACAGUGCCUGCUUGCUCAGCUGAGGGUCUAGGGUUGUACCCUCCUGGUCCCUUGGCCCUUCCUGUCCCCAUCCCCUGUUGGUCUCCCAGCUGCCUGAGCCCUGGCCCAGCCUUCCUUCCCAGGGUGGCUCCGCAGGACGGACUCUCUGAGUGUCCUCACAGGGCGGGCCAGAGCUGCCGGCACCCCCACUGACUGUAAGGACACCCGGGCCCUGGCAUGCUGCUCUUGGCCCACAAGCCUCACCCCUGGGCCCCUCCCCGCUGGCGGCCUCUUCCUUGAGUCCACCUCAGGCCCCUCUUGCUUCCUCCCAAGGGUGACCCAGACCGUGGGGGCUGCCCACGGAGGUGCCCCCUGCAGCUCCCUGCGUUAGUCUGUGGUGAAGAGGCAGCUGGCCACCUCCAGCGAUCUGCCCACAGCCCUCACUGAUGCCUUCUCUGGCCCCUUCCUACUGCCCCUGGGACCCAGGACUCACCCCCAAAGGUCCCUGGCUCUGCUGACACCUGCAUGAGAUGUCCUGGUCCAUGGGUGGCUCCGCCUCUCUCCCAUGUGGCUUCUGGGCCAGCAGGUGGGCGUGUGAGACGGGUGGGGCUCCAGGGUGGAGCCCGGGAUAGGCCAGCCCCAGUGGGUGCGGUGUGGCUGGCCUGUCUGGUGAUGAGGAAGUGAGUGGGGUUGGCCUGUCAGGGACAGCUUUCUGCCCUUCCCAGCUCACAGCCCUGACCUGCUACUGUGCCUGCUAUGGUGUCCCGGGACCAGGUCCACCUAGGCCCCAAGUAUGUGGGCCUCUGGGACUUUGAGGCACGGACAGAUGAGGAGCUGAGCUUCCGGCAGGGGGACAUCUUCCACGUGACCAGGAAGGAGGAGCAGUGGUGGUGGGCCACCCUGCUGGACUCUGCAGGUGCGGCCCUUGCUGAGGGCUAUGUGCCCUGCAACUACCUGGCAGAGGAGGAGGCCGGGGAGUCCGAGCCGUGGUUCUUUGGCCAAAUCUCCCGCUCAGAGGCCGUGCACCAGCUACAGGCGGAGGGCAACCCCACUGGUGCCUUCCUGAUCCGGGUCAGCGGGAAGCUGGGAGCAGACUACGUUCUCUCUGUGCGGGAUGCUCAGGUCGUGCGGCACUACAGGAUCUGGCGGCGCUCUGGCCGGCUACACUUGAACGAGGUAGUGUCCUUUCUCAGUCUGCCUGAGCUCCUGGACUACCACAAGGCCCAGAGCCUGUCCCAUGGCCUGCGGCUGACCGUGCCCUGCUGUAAGCAUGAGUCGGAGCCCCUGCCCCACUGGGCCAACUGGGAGAGGCCACGGGAGGAGUUCACGCUCUGCCGGAAGCUGGGCGCUGGCUAUUUUGGGGAGGUCUUUGAAGGGCUCUGGAAAGACCAGGUCCGAGUGGCCAUCAAGGUGAUUUCCCGAGACAACCUCCUGCACCAGAACACCUUCCAGCGGGAGAUCCAGGCCAUGAAGCAGCUGCGGCACAGGCACAUCCUGGCGCUGUACGCCGUGGCGUCCCUAGGGGACCCCGUCUACAUCAUCACGGAGCUCAUGCCCAAGGGGAGCCUGCUGCAGCUGCUGCGGGACUCUGAUAAGCAAGCCCUGCCCAUCUCGGAGCUGGUGGACCUUGCAUCGCAGGUGGCAGAGGGCAUGUGCUACUUGGAGUCACAGAACUAUGUUCAUCGGGACCUGGCUGCCAGGAACAUCCUCGUGGGGGAGAACAAUAUCUGCAAAGUGGGGGAUUUUGGGCUGGCCAGGCUCAUCAAGGAGGACAUCUACCUCUCCCAUGACCACAGCAUCCCCUACAAGUGGACAGCCCCUGAGGCACUCUCCCUAGGGUAUUAUUCCAUCAGAUCUGAUGUCUGGUCCUUCGGGGUCCUCCUCCACGAGAUCUUCAGCAGGGGUCAGACACCUUACCCAGGCAUGUCCAACCACGAAGCCUUCCUGAGGGUGGACGCUGGCUACCGCAUGCCUUGCCCCCUGGAGUGCCCACCUCCCGUGUACGGGCUGAUGUGCUCCUGCUGGAGCAGGGACCCAGAGCAGAGGCCUUGCUUCCAAGCCCUGUGGGAGAGACUCUCUGGCUUCACCAGGUACGAGAACCCACUCUGAGCUGCCUUGGGGGCUGCCUGGCCAGGUCCUGGCUGUCCUGAACCUCAGGAGAAGUGUGAUCCUUUAGCUUACUGACCUGAUGGUGGGCACAGCAAACAGCAUGAGGGGACCUGAGGAAGCAGCAGAGCAGCUACAUGACUCUGACAAGCAGCAGGCUGCAGGCCUGGCCCAAUGCCCUCACUGGCCAUCUCCCCAGCCGCCAGCCUCCAACGUGGUCCUCUGGCCACAGAUGAGCAUACCCAAGACCUCUCAAGAAAAGCAUCCUUUUGCCUUUGAAAGUUUUCUAUGCCAUCUCCUCUACAAUCUUAGUCGUCGUCCUAAACAGACUUCAGGGAAGUAACCAUGGACACAAGAAAACUGAGAUGAAGUCUAAGAAUAGUCUUUUUCUCCAGAAAAGCAGCACAGAGCUUUAUCCAGUCUGGGCAAUCGGAACCUCUCAUUUUUGACAAAAACACAAUUUGGUUAAAAAUACGGGUGGAGAAAACCCACCAUGUUUGUCUCUGGGUCACUGAUGGUCUGAAGGGAGAGCCUGGUGCGGCCUCCCAGAUAUGAGUGGCACUGCCCCUCUAAGGGCGUCCCCACGCUGGUCUAUAAAACCCCUGGGGGGGAGUUCUACCCAGAUUGCUUGGAGAAAGUGAGUGUUCAUAUAAGUAUCCCCAAACUCAGAAACACAGCAAUGAUUCUCUUUUUUGUACCAAGGAUGGAAGCCGGGGGUGCUUAACCACUGAACCACAUCCCCUGCUUUUCUAUUUCUUUCGUUAAGUUGCUUAGGGCCUCACUAAGUUGCUGAGUGAGGCUGAGGCUGGCUUUGAAGUCGUGAUCCUCCUGUCUCCACUCAGUGGUCAAGUGUCCCUCGGUUCAAUCCCCAGUAUCCCCCAAAAACAAAGCAACAACAAAAACCCACCGGUCACCCUAUACCCAACACCUGGGUGGCUCCCCUGCAGAACACCGGUGACAGGGAGACGCAUGCGCUGGAGCUCCCACUUGGUGUUGGGGCCUCAAGAGACGUGGAGCACUUGAGUGCAAGGGGUCUGUCUGCAGGUGCAGCAGCUGUACUGAGGACUACGUGACGUGCUGGGAACUGGCGUCCCUCCAGUGGAGGCUGGCGGGUGUGGUUCAGUAACUUCCUGUUUUCCCUGAGAAUCUAGGGUUUCUGAGUUUGAAAUCAUGGUUUAUAGUGGUUGAAACCAUUAGAAAUAACAAGGAAACAAGACAAGUAUGAUGCUCUUUGAUUGGCUGAGAGAGGUAGCGAUCAGCCUGUCCUAAAGCAGAGGGACUGGCUGUCACAGGGGCAUGCAUGGAAACAGACCCUCCCCUCCUGUAACCAAAGCUCACUAAGUCAGCCUCAGGGGUGACUGCACAGAGGUGCACUGGAGCUGGCUCUGUGAAAGGCCCUUUGUUAUGCCUUGGUGACUGGCCAGGAGACAGGACUUUGCUUAAACACAGCUUCUUGGGCUUCACUGUUUUUUACUAGGUCUUCGAUUACUGAAAAGCAUCUUCUCAUGAUCAAGAGGGCCAAGUAUGUAAACUUCUAAGUUUGUCUUUAAAAAAUCUUUUGUCAAUUUGAUUAAAUCAAUUAUCAAACCUU